AGCGUCCGUUUUUUUUGCAGACUCUUUAUUCCCAACCCCCCGCCCAUGAAAUGAGCGCCGUCGGCAUGUGGGUGGCGGUUUGCUUUUGUUGUUUGCCAUGUGCCAUCUUGUGCGGCGUGAGAUAGAGAUAGGUGACAAUGUUGCAUCCCUCGUCCUUUUUCUUAUGGAUUUCUUCUCCAGGGAGAGGUCGGAAGGGUCCGAAUGAUGGGGAUAAAAGGUUCAACAACAGGUCGAAACUGUACCGCGACAAGCUGUGGGCUCUCGACUGGGUCGGAGGGACCAACGAGCCCGGGUGCGGUGCUGCUGUGUUUUUGACGGAGGACGAAGGGGCGACCUGGUACUGUUGUCGUGGCAUAAUCAGGUCUGAAAUUGACAAGGCCACGGCGGAGAAGGGGAAGGUCGACGAGCGAGACUUGAGGAAGUUCUUCCUCACUUCGGUGUACGUUGAACAGGGUACCGACUGGGUCAAGACUGACCACAAGGUCAGCCUCGACCUUGCUCUGUUCAAGGAGUAUGGUCAGAAGGCAUUCGUUAUGAAAGCCUUCGGCGGCAAAGGAGAUGGGAAUGAGUUUAGAAUGCUUCUACCCGUUGAAUUCCUCAACAAGACCAACGGGUAUAGGAAAAGUGGUCAAUUCCCGACGGUCGGCGCUGGUCACCAGCUCACAAUGCCUCUUGUGCCGUUCGACACUCCUGUCGAAAGUCUCGCAGGCUUCUCGACUUUCUCUAGCGAUCGGCGGCAGGUUGUGUCGACACCGCAACAACCUGUUGGCAAGAAACAGAAACUCAUUACUUACUCAAGGCGUUCGGGGGGUGGGUCAUCGACGACGACCCCGAAGACGAUGGAGCUCGCCAGAUGUCUUUCGGAUCUACCCGAAAGUUCUCGUGCUGCUGCCAGCUCGCGCUUGCGGAACACCCCACAACAUCAAAUGGACGAGGAGUCGGAUGAAGAAACGGAGGAAGACGAACGGGUUUGUAAAUUGGAUUCGCGGUUCUUGGCGACGCCUGGGCACAUCCGGGGCGAAGGCUCUUGCGAUGUGAAUGUGGGGCGGGAAGCUGGUGGAGGUGGCAAAGCCCGAGUUGCGGUGACUGGUGGGGUGGAAUAUGGCGGUCAGGGUGGUUCGGAAAUGGAAGACGGGGAAUUGGAAAACAAUGGAGGAGAUGCCGGUGUUUCCGCGGGGCUGACUUCCAAGAGGGGGGGAAAACGCACAGCGGAAGAGUCGCAGAUGCAAGCGGCGCCUAAGAAGCAGGCUCGAAGGAAAGCUGUGGACGAAGCUCAGAACGCCUUGGAUGCAUCUCAAGGGACGCUUGGUGAACCCGAUGUGAAGCACAAAUCAAGUGCUCGGAUUCACAAAACGUCGCAACCCAAGAAUCUCGUGCGGCCAUCAAGGCGCCAAAAAUUAGACGACUCCAGCGACGAUGCUGAAGGGGUGGCCCCUUGCUUGCUCUCCCUCCCUGACGACAUCGAACAUGAGACGAAGAAACCUAGUGCGAUCAACAUGACGCAAUGCUACUUCCUCGAGUACGAUGAGGAGGGCAAAACGAGAAGAGACCCGCUGAGGGUGGUAAUUGACGUCGUGCAGAUUCUUCGAAUUCUGGAGGGAGAUAUCGCCUUCAAUCAGCGAUCGCUGAACAUGGCCAUCCUUGCAGGCCUCGAUGCGGCUAUCGAGUUGUCGACUGGGCCAAGGGCCGAGGAUGAUCCUCCUCCGUGGGAACCGCCGGAGUUGGUGCUGGCUCCGAUUACGCCAUGGAAGGACGAUCCAGACAGGCAAGGGAUACGAGUCCUUCCAAAGGACUUCGGUCCCGAUAGGGCAGACGAGUACUUCUAUUACCCGGUUGCCGGCCAGCAUACUGCCGAAGCCAUGAAAAGAGCAGUGGCGAGGGAAUCCGCAGCAGUGGACAUGUUCGGCUUUCGAAAUUAUGAUCGUGUACGGAUCAUUUAUUUCAACGACGACCACACGAACGGGUAUGUGUAUGUUUCGACAUACGACAACACGAGAGGUAACCGCGCUAUGUUGUCGUUGUUCCACCAAGCCUGCCAAGACAUUAGAAAUUUUUGGGAUUCGAAGAACCAGAUCGGACCUGUAAGGAACGUGUCCAAAACGGAUCCCAUCGGUUUGACGCAGCAGGAAGAGUGGAGGAAGUUCAUGAGAAUUUGCAUGGGCCGGUCAUGUGACAAAUCCUUGUGGACUGAGGCUUUGGCUCCGAAGUGGCAACAGGACUGGACGAACAGGAUGAGGGGAUACAUGAAUGUCGCCACAUGUAGGGACCGGAUAAGGCCAUUGGUGAAGGACUUUUUUGAGAAGUUCGAAGCGGGGGAGUUGCCGCUACACGACAACCAGUGCCCAAAGGACUCGUCGGGGAGGCAGGAGAGGCGCAUGCCGGGCCAAUUCGUUCAAGAGGUGCAGGGGAAGAAGGAGGUGUUCCAUUGCAUUCCGGCUAAGGACGGGGGACCAAACGCAACGGUGUCCCUCAAAGAUCUCGUUCCAUCAAACUUCAAAUGUUUUGGGGAUAUGGCAGCACGAGAGAAGGAAAUCGCUUUGUUUGGCAUAAAGGCAGGCGAAUGGGAUGAGGAAAGGGAUAGGAUCCCUUUGGAAUAUGUCCGGAGGGUUCCGAAAAGACUCGGCGGAGAGCAAGAACAAAAAGACCUAAAAGGAGCUGGUCUAAAGGCCACGGAGGCGUUGUAUAGGGACGCGCCAUUCCAUUUCAAGUACUUUGUGUACCACGCCAUAGGGAAAGUGGACUUGCUGACAGCUGAGUUGCGACGGUUGAAGAACGUUGCGCUUCAUCUGUGCUGGGAGAAGAAAGGGCGACGGUCGACAUUGCUGUCGGUCAACAUGCACCCGAAGGAGUUGCUGCUCGCGGCCGACGAAAUUGUGACUGCAGUCACAAACUUGAAUUGCAAGGCCUCCAUCCUCGAUCUCGCAAACCCGAAGGAGUGCCUUGCAUGGUCGCCGACCGAUUUCGAUGCUCUGCACAUAAUGAUGUCGAAAUUGUUGCAGGAAAGGCCUUCAUCUGGAGGAAACGCGGACCACGACAUGCUGACAGACGCUGACGAAGAUGACUUGGCUGUUCCAGAUCCAUCCCCGAAGCUCAUGCCUAGUGAUGAUAUCCCCGAUCGCAUUGUGCAGGACAGUGCACAACAAUACUUCAUUCAUGACAAGGUGCCAGAAACGACAUCUAAGAAGUGGGGGCAUCGCAUUUUGUGGCAUACGGACGUGUUCGAGCCGUGCGUCUUCAAGGGGGAGUGGAUGAUGGCACUGCAUCUAUCAUCGGGAUGGAAAAUCAAACCCAGACUGGCAGAAGAACCGUGGCUAAAAGUGGCGAGGAGCGAAAUCGUCUUUCGUGUCAAGUGCGAAAACGAGGGGGUGGACGAGGCGGCUAUUGAGGAGAAGGCUCGACUGCUGUUCGAUUCUCUGCGCUCAGACAAUCGACUGGAAUAUAAACACAAAUUCUAUGACUUGCCAUCAAGCCGGUCAUAUAAGACCAUCGAUUGGAAGAUGGAACUUCCUCCUGCGUGCCAAGGCAUCGAGACAAUCCGGUUGGGAUGCUCACAGCUUGGGGAGCAGUCGACGACGCAGUUUGCUGCCAGUGUUGGGGAAGCAAUGAGCCAAACUGCUGUCAAGAUGAUGGGGGUGGACAAGGGAACACGGAAUGUCAACGAAGACAAAUCGAAUGUUGGAUCGUACGAGCCUCCUCUAAUAACUCAGGCGGGAAACCAGAGUGAAUCACAGAUGGAGAGUCCCACUCCUUCCGCGAACAUGGCGGUCGCAGAUGGAAUGCAACAAGGUGGGCAUGCAGAACGUGCGAGUGAGGUGCAAGAAAAUUCCGAUGAGAUGAUGAAAGUGUUGACGCGGAGAAUGAGGGGAAGAGGAAGCUUGGGGGAUCAACCACGUCACAGACUGUGAUUAAUUGUAUUUCAUUAAGCGA